AUGGAGCCAAGGCCAACCAUCAAGUUCAAGCUGAAUGGGAUAUCUAGAUCCGGCGCUGAUAUCGAUAGCUUGGAACUUCAAGCUUGCUAUCGCGCUCUCGACAACCUGCGGUCCUUAUUGUUUCAAGCACCGAUGCUGGAUCUUCUAAAAGACCAAAUCGAGGAAGGAAACAACUAUUUUGAAUUGCUGAUUCGAGCCUCUCGGGGAGAAUUCAGAGAAUGCAGAACAUUCAUGAAAGUAACUGGGGUCUCGGCGACAGAAAUGAGUACAAUCUGCAGCCGUUGGCAGCUCUCCCAGCCCCUCGACGAGAUGGCAAGAAAUUUCGUAUUUCCAACGCACCCCGAGAACUAUGUGGUCAUGUAUUCGCCAAAAGCCCCCGCUAGAAGUGGGCCAGACUGCGGGGUGGAGCUCAUCGGGGAGCAUAUGGCCAAGGUUCGAUUUGUUGAUCUCACGGAUAGCGGAGAGAUUCCCAAGUGGAUGGCAAAGGAGCGAGAUGAGGCCUAUGAAAUGGUAGAGUGCUUGGUCGCAAAACUUGACAGUGGGAGUAAGUUCUUCUAUAUCAUGAAUGAAUUCAUGGAUACCCAGGGGGGUUGUAAUAUCAAGCUACGGGCCUUUUUCCCUUCUGCUUCACCCUGGUCACUGAUCAAUGGGCAUGCUGAACAUCUCGCGAUUGAGUUUCGAAAUCUCCUCCAAAUGGUGUAUGGGGCCAUCGAGGAACUUGAAGACAGCUAUUGA